ACCAUCGAUGUACCCAUGUUUCAUGCUAAUGUCUUCCUUAUUAUCCUCGCAUUGUUCGUUUCCACCUCCCAUUGUUCCACUUUCACCAUCACAAACAACUGCCCCUACACGAUAUGGCCCGGGACAUUAGCCGGUUCGGGGACUCCGUCGUUGCAAACAACGGGGUUUCAAUUGAAUGCUGGCCAAAGUGUUCGGAUCCCUUCGGUUCCUGCCGGAUGGUCGGGUCGGAUUUGGGGUAGGACUGGUUGUGAGUUUGAUGUGAACGGUGUAGGGUUUUGUCAAACUGGUGAUUGCGGUGGAAGGCUCGAGUGUGAUGGCAAUGGGGCUACGCCGCCAGCUUCACUUUUUGAGAUAACUCUGGGGAAGGGGAUUGAACAAGAUUUUUAUGAUGUUAGUCUUGUGGAUGGGUAUAAUUUGCCUAUUGUUGCUGCUCCUCGUGGUGUGCAUGGCUCAUGCAAUGCCACGGGCUGUUCUUCUGAUCUUAAUCUUGCUUGCCCUAAAGAGCUUCAAGUGGUGGGCGGAGACGGCGAGGGUGGUGGCACGGCGAGGGUGGUGGCAUGCCGAAGUGCAUGCGAGGCUUUCGGGCUGGACCAAUAUUGCUGCAGUGGGCAAUUCGCAAACCCAACAACGUGCAGGCCUUCAUUUUAUUCAACCAUUUUCAAAAGGGCUUGCCCUAGGGCUUACAGCUACGCUUACGAUGAUGGCACCAGCACUUUCACUUGCAAGGCCUUUGAUUAUCUCAUCCUUUUUUGCCCGACUUCUCAUAGGGCAAAUAGAGUAAAUGGGGGAUAUACACCACCAUCUAAUGGAGAUGGGACCAAAGGCAAAGUUGUGCAGACUACUUCUUCACAUUCAAAUUUAAUAUUAUUUCCCUUUCCACUUCUCUUUCUCAUUUCACUCAACAUGUACCUCUUUUGA